AUGAAUGCUACUACGUUUGAAAUAAUUGUGGUUUUUACAGCUUAUCAAUCAAUUGGUUCAGCAAAAAAUGGGGUCACAGUUGUUAUUUUCUUAGGAUAUAUUGCCGCUGUUUUAGCAAGUAUUGUUUUGAUGUUUAUUAUUUACUCAGAAUCAAGUCUCCAUAAGCCAAUGUAUAUAUACUUAUUCAAUCUGGUAUGCGUUGGACUAACUGGGAGCACAUCAAUUUGGCCAAAAGUUAUGCUAAACCUUAUAAAUCAGGCACAGACAAGUUCGUAUGACAAUUGUCUUCUUCAAAUGUUUUUGAUCUAUGUCUAUGGUGCUGGCACCUUUGUGGUUCUAACAGUCAUGGCCUAUGAUAGGUAUGUGUCUAUCUGUAAACCUCUGCAGUAUCACACAAUCAUGACACAUUAUAGAGUUAAGCAACUGUUAGUAGUAAGCAAUCUUGUCCCAGUUUUCCUUGUGGCAGUUCAAGUAUUUCUGACCUCAAGAAUCCCUGUAUGCAAAUACUCUCUUCCUAGGCUAUUUUGUGACAAUCUUUCAGUUUCCAAUCUCUCAUGUGGAAAUAGCAGUAUACGAUUUUUAAGCAAUCUGUAUGGUAUUUUUGUUAUUGUGUCUUUAGUUGUGUUGCCUCUAUGUCUCAUUUUGCUGUCUUAUGCCAAAAUUAUCUCUGUAAGUCUCCGUGUGUCAAAAGAUGCAAAGAGGAAAGCAAUUAGUACAUGCACUCCUCAUCUAGUUGUAUUUAUAAACUUUUCUGCUGCAAGUCUUUUUACGGUCGUAUAUAAUAGAAUCAGUUCUUAUAUACCAAGUGAGAUGAAUAUAUUUGUGGCAUUUCAGAUAGUUUUAAUACCCCCACUCCUGCAUCCGGUAAUCUAUGGAAUUAGAACCAAAGAAAUCAGAAAGUGUUUUUCAAAGACAUUGAGAAGAAGAAUGUCUCCCUUUGCCAUUUUCCAUUUAAAUUCCAAAUUACAAAGCUUUGCGGUCAAGGGCGGUGCAGCUGCUGUACCAGGCCACGAUGCUGCCAGUUGGGAUAAUCUUGAUGGUACACCUGUAGAAAUUGGUGAGUGUCCUGGAGUCCAUGCUGAACCUCCUCAGUCACCGGAGGAAGAAGAGCCACUGUCUCGCUGCCUUCAUGACCACACCUGUGUGGUGUGA